GACUUACGCACAUGUUGCACAAAAUACUCGCAAUACAAUUGGAUUAAUAAACUACAUAUUAUAUAAAUAUACGUGACUACAUACAUAUAUUGGGGAUUUAGAAAAGCGCUAAAUAAACACACUAAGUUAAUGGUGAUAAUCCAAUCGAAAAUUAAAGUGUUUCACCAGAAUUUGCCCAUUGAAUAACCGCUAUGAAAUUUGCUGUAAAAAUAUUAUGUAUAACUCUGAUACAGUUAAGUUGUUUAUCCACAAUUAAGGCUGAUUCUGCUACUGACGCCGAGAAUAAUAACACAGACGAUGGGAUGAUGAAAUAUGCGCCAGAAUACGAACAUCCAGAAUAUGCUUUUAGUUAUGGUGUUAAGGAUCUUCACACAGGCGACGUAAAAUCACAGUGGGAAUCACGUGACGGCGAUUCGAUUAAAGGUCACUAUAGUAUUCUCGAGCCAGACGGUUCAAUACGUACAGUCCAUUACACUGCAGAUGCAAAACAUGGAUUCAAUGCCGUGGUAAAAACCGUUGGUGCAAACUCCCACCCAGUCACCGAAUCGCCACACAGUGACAAUGGCAUCAAUGAUAACACUUCCCAAUCCAAAAUUAAUCACUAUAGCAAAGAUCAAGAACACAUAGUGCUAAGUUCAGAUAUUAAACCCUUAAAACAGCCAAUCGAAGACCUCACACAUUCACACCCGAAAAUACCCAGCCUAAUUGAAUUCAAGCCACAUGCACGCAUCAAGCAAGUACCGAUGGAACUGGAGCCGGGGAUGCGUGAAAGAUUACAAAUAGCAAGAGACGAGUAUUAUCAAAAACAAAAUUCACUGAAAACACCUCAUCCUGCACCAGAUUCAUACAGUAAUCAGGAGAGUGAGUGGAAAGCUCUCGUACUAGAUCAAAAUUCCGAGUAUCAACCGAUAUAUAGUGCCAACAAAAAUGGUUAUCAAAGCGCAGAGAAUUACAUUUCAACAAAACAAUCAAACAUAGCGAAUAUAGAACAAAACGCCCUGAACGCCAAUGGUGGUGGACAGCGUACUGAUUUUAUUGCAUCAGUGCCAUUGCAUCAACGCCAUCAUGCUUCUUAUGUCGAUAACAUACCGCCAGGUAAAAAAUUCGCCUUCACAACCCCUAAUUACAAACAUUACUCGGCACCAGCACAAUACAAAUAUCAGACGAACUUCAAAGCGCCUUCACCACAAAAUCGUCCCGACUAUAUCAACUACUUUCAGCGGAAAACAAAGAAAUUCAAUCAUAAGGACUCAGCAGGUCCUGUAGUUUUUCCUAAUCAUGGCGGUGAUGAGCAAAAUGCUGCUUCAGCGCAAAUGGUACAGUCGAUGGUGAAGCUCGAUCGAAAGCACAUAAUGCCCAUGUACGCCAAACACUAUAGCGCAGACAGCUAUCGCCAUCAACGCUAUCGCACUACCUAAACAAUAUUUUCACUACAUUGAUCAGAUAGUUGAUCAUUUAACGCGGAUAUGCGAACAAAUAUUUAUAUGUAUGUAUAAGGACUAAAAUUGCAUUAUAAGUAAAAUUCUGAUAUUAUUUAAUAUGGCCCCAUACUUGUAUAUUUAUUUUAGCAAAUAGUUUGAAAACUAAUAUGAUUGUUUAUU